AUGGAAUAUCAGCUUCUCACUUCCAAGACAGUCCACAUAACAGAGGGUGCUGUCUCCGAGAAGAUCAUGCGUCGCAUACAGGAGCCAGAGCCGUGGCAUGGUGCGUCAACUGGCAUUCUCCACUGUGCAUUCCGCGUCCUCAGAAGCAUCAGAUGCGGAUUCCUGGACAUGCGGACACUCAACCAACCAACAUAG